AUGGGCAACGGAGCAAAGGCACAAAUGAAGCGUGAGCGCAAUGCCAAGGCUGGUGGCAAGGAGGCCAAGUCGCAGCUCAAAGUGAAUGCUGCUGCCAAGAACAUUGUCUGCAAAACCUGCUUCCAAACCUUCCUCACCACGGCCAGUGAGAAAUUGCUCGAACAACACGCUGAUAGCAAGCAUGGCAAGACUGUAAAAGAGUGCUUCCCCGACUUCGCUCCUAAAUAA